GCAUCAUUCGCUCGGGUUGCAUCCCGGAGCACAGUGAGGUCCUCUACAGGGACUAAGUUUACUUUUCUACACGUACAGCGUCUACGCCAAGAUGUCCAUGGUCAGAAGAUCCAGUAUGGACAGGAUGUCAUCCAGCAUGACGUCCAGCAUGACUGGAAUGGGUCUGGGUGGAAUUACCGGACUCACUUCAGGAAUGAGCACUCUCAGCUGCAUGAGAGAACAGCAGAUGACCAUCGGGGGAAUGCCUUCGAACUACGUCCCCGGAUUGUCGGCUUAUUACAACAUCUCGAGCUUCUGCCAGCGCCCUGGCCAAACACGUCGUUGGCCUAUGCAAAGAGCUGGACCUACUGCGCAGCAUCGCCCAGGCCGCUCGCACAGCACCGGCGCUCUACACCGCAUGAAGCAUUCCAUGAGGAACAGCCCCAACACUCAGUACACUCACAACCUUAUCUGCAAACUCGCCGAUCAAAAUGAACGCCGCCGCCGCCAGGAUACCCUGGAAAUGAUUCCUCAGAGUUACUACUCGCAGCAACCGCUGAAGGUAGAACUUACUGAAUUCUACUCCAGGGACAACUCCAAGGAUCAUCACACCGAGCAAUACGAUCUGGUAAAUGACAACAUCCUCCCUAACCCUGUGCUGAGAAGAGGACAGAACUUCUUCUUCGCCGUGCGCUUCGACAGGACUUACGAUAAGCAGCAGGAUAUGAUUCGUAUCGUGUUCUGCUUCGGACCCAAGCCUAGUAUUACAAAGGGAACUCGUGUCGUUCUCCCCGUGAACUGGAACACUCAGCAGGGAGUAUUCCAACAUUCUCGUGACAUGAUGGGAAUGGGCAUGGGAAUGGGAAUGUCUAGAAUGCAGGAUACCGGAACUGCGAUGGCUACGAUGGGAACCAUGGGAACUAUGAGCACGAUGAGCUCUAUGGGUCCAAUGAGUGGUAUGAGGGAAACUACCACAUACGGCGUCCGCCGCAGUUCGUUCAGCAAUGAGCCACUGCCCCUACAGCACAGCCCCCUCAGCCCACACGGACCCAUGGAUCGCCCAAUGAUCGAUCGCUAUGGAGGAACUACUCAGCACUCUUCUUUCGGUCGCGGUUAUGGCUCACGCCACGGAUCUCGCCACGGCUCUAUGCAAAACCUGGCAUCGCUCGCUCACGACAUGGAUAGAUGGGAUAUUAGUAUUCAACGCCAGGAUGGAAACACCAUCACAUUCCAAGUACACGUACCUGCCACUGCUCCAGUCGGUGUUUGGAACUGUUGGGUUCAGACUAACCGCUUCGGCCAGCGCGACAACCGCCACGACUACAAAUGCGACGAAGAUAUUUACAUCCUCUUCAACCCCUGGUGCCGCGAGGAUCCCGUCUACAUGGAUAAUGAAUCGUCCAGAAAGGAAUACGUCCUUAAUGAACAGGGUAAAAUUUGGUGCGGCACCUGGCGCCAACCCAAAGGUCGCAAAUGGAUUUACGGACAGUUCGACGAUGUUACACUGCCUGCUUGCAUGUAUUUGCUGGAACGCAGUGGCCUGGAACAUUCCGAACGUGGCAAUCCUAUCCGCGUCUGCAGAGCUAUUUCAUCGAUGAUCAACGCCAACCAUGAUGACGACGGUCUAAUGGUUGGACGCUACGACGGCGAAUACAAAGACGGAGUAGCUCCUCAUGCUUGGACGGGCUCUGUGGCUAUUCUGGAACGCUACCUUACUGAUGGUGGCCGACCUGUAGAAUACGGCCAAUGCUGGGUAUAUUCUGGCUUGGUUGUGACUAUUUGCAGAGCUCUUGGUAUUCCUUGCCGAUCCGUCACCAACUACGUGUCGGCCCAUGACACCAACCGCACCUUUACCGUAGACAAAUAUUUCGACCGUGAUGGCAACGAAGUGCCCAAUGGACCCGAUGAGGAUUGCUAUGACUCAUGCUGGAACUUCCACGUUUGGAAUGACGUAUGGAUGCAACGCCCUGACCUGCCUCAAGGAUACAGCGGCUGGCAGAUUAUUGACUCUACACCACAGGAAGAAGCGGAAUCGGUCUACCAUUGCGGCCCGGCUAGCGUAGAAGCAGUUCGCCGUGGCGAAGUCGGAUCAUAUGACACACCCUUCAUGUAUUGCCAGCUCAAUGCCGAGCUAUGCCACUUCCAGGAAGAAGAAAAUUCCGAAUGGGGCUUCAUUCGGAUGGCUUCUAACCAAUACCAAGUGGGCCGCAAGAUCCUCACCAAGAAUCCAAACCGCGAUGACGACGAAGGGGAGAGUGAUAUGCUCGAAAUCACUCACGAAUACAAGACUGUGGAUAGUUCUUCGCCCGAACGCCUAGCCAUUAUUGCUUCAUGCCGCGGCUACCAGCGCCUGCAGCAGUAUUAUGAAUAUCCUGACCGCAACUUCGAAGAUGUGUACUUCGAUCUUAUGGACAUUGAUAUUGUGCCCUACGGCCAGCCUUUCGACUGCACCAUGAAUAUUCAGAACAAGUCGCACGAAGAUCGUACCAUCUGGUGCGUACUGACGGCUUCAUCAUGCUACUACACCGGCGCUAUUGCCUCGCGUCUCCGACGGGCUCAAGGCGAGUUCAUCGUACGCGCUGGCCAACGUGAGGUUCUGAAGCUUCACGUCACACCGCAAGAAUACAUGGACAAGCUUGUCGACCACUCAAUGGUGAAGGUGCACGCCAUGGCCUACGUGAAGCAAACCCGCCAGGCCUGGUCUGAUGAAGAUGACUUCCCUCUACAUAAGCCAAGAAUGCAAGUGCAGGUGAGGAGCCAGCCUUGCGUGGGACAAGAAUGCUCGAUUACAUUCAGCUUCCAGAAUCCGUUGAAUGUGCAUUUGACCGACUGCUACUUCACCUUUGAAGGACCCGGCGUCCAGAGGCCGCGACAGAUAAGAUUCCGCGACGUGAAGCCCGGUGAGUUCGUGAACUACCAGGACAAGUUCAUCCCGCGCAGACACGGCGAGCGACGCAUCGUGGUGACGUUCUCGUCGCGCCAGAUGGACGAGAUCUUCGGCUGCACCACAGUGAAUGUGCGCGGCUAGCUAGCCCCCGGGCCCCGAGCGCCUUCGCCGCGCACCUCGCCGGGGCCGUCGUCACCGCCAGCGCUGCAGAUGGACCGUUCCUACGUCUCCUACGUAGCGCCGGAACAACAUUUGUACGUCCAGGAGGAGGAAGUCGUGAUUGUCAAGUCCAACCCGUGAGCGCGACCUGAUCGCGCAGUA